CGAAUUUCAAGAGCAUGAUGAUCCAAUUCUAUCAAAGAGAUUGCAGCUGGGUUCAAAAUUUUCAAGACUUACUGCUUCAGUUGGGUGGAAAGAAUGAAGUGAUAAGCACACCGCUGCACAGCCCCACUUGCCAAAUCACUUUAAUCGCCUUCUUGAUACAAACGAACAUGAACAUUGACUUCUUCCUAGUUUGCUACUGUACACUUGCACAGCACGGAAAUGAAUGUUGCUAAUUGGGGCACCUUCUCCAAUGCACAUCGGUGAGUUUGCCUUCAUUAAUGUUUCUUCGCUGGUCCAAUUCUAGUUAAACCUCUUUCAUGCUCAACAAUGUCUUUCGAAGUUUCUUUUUUUCUCUCUCUCUCUCUCUCCAGAUCAUGGAACUCCGAGUUUCUCACUGACGUCAUGACGAAUCUUCGAAUAUUAUUCUUGCCUCAUGACUUCUUGGAUAGAAGGCAUGGACACCUAGGGAGAGAACAUUCUUACUUAUUUAGUUCUUAAAGCUCUCGUCAAUUUGUGUGGACUGGUGAUGGAGGCAUAGAAAAAAUUGUCGGUAAUGAAGUUGAGGUUGCAGUGUAGCGUGGAUUCGAGGCGGCUUGGUGGGAGUGUGGCUGUGGCUAUGGCGGCAGUUAUAAGGAACAUAGUUUAUUAGCGGGAGAAGAGGAACAGAAAAAGAGUGCUUUGGAUGCUGUCAGUGGGAAACAUAUGUUGUUCGGACUGGCAGUGGGACGACUGAGGGUUGAAAAGUAGGAUGUAUGAGGGCCAUAGUUGUGGCUAUGGCGGUCUUGGAGGGGAUGCAUUAAAGUAGCGUGAAGUUUAACUAGUUUUGUUGCUGGGUUUGGGUUUUUGGGGCAAGUUUUCCGGAGGUAUAAGAAUGGACAAGGGAGCGGGGGCAUGUCAAGUGGUUACUCGAGAUUUGAGAAGACCGCCUCUGCUUUCUAGCGUAACUCGUAAUGUCACUCGCCGCUCCAGCAACGCUUUCUAUCCAGAUUUUGCUUACCGAGUAGAUGUGAAGAGGAAAUGUUUGCAGGUGUUGUCUGUCGUCGGUCCGACGAAGUUUGUGCAGGGUGAACAGGUUGAGGGAUCUUCAUGUUUCAAUAAACUGAGAGCGGAGGGGGAAGCCAAAUGCAUAGAAGAAUACAGCAUGAAGCUCGGAUACAGAUACCCCAACACAAACCCUUCCACGUUUUACUUCCCCGCUGUUUUUGAGUGUGUGCGGAAGGAGGAGGCGACGCUGGGUGAGGAUGAGAGGAUAGAUAUGAAGCCAGAAGUGAAGUGGGUGAACCCUUUUCCGUUCGAUACCGGAGCGGAGGCUCUUGUCAUGUCGCUCGCAAGGCAUGCGAGUGAGUGGAUCGCUUAUUUCCAGAGAAAUAUCUCCAAAUUGCAUAUGAGUUUCUCGGACCAUACCAAACUCUCGCUAGUGUUGCAACUGGACGUGAUCACCUGUGAGUCGUGGACUACACGCGUGCCAAAAAUGCCUCACGAUGUCAGAUUUGGGUAUGAUUCCAUGAAGGAUCAGGAAGCGUCGAAGAGACAGAAGGGUUUCAGAUUUCGUAAGGAUCGGUUAAAAUGGAUUGCGGAAUUCAAUCCUCCAGGCAAAAGAAACAACAAAAUAUCUCUGGGUGAGUAUGAUAGUCUGGAUGAAGCAGCGCGGGCGGCUGAUGCUGGCAAGUUCUAUUACGGCUCCAAGAAACCGUCAUAUAAUUUCGGCGAUAGCCCCUUGCUUCUGCAACAAGGACCGUCGCCACUUGCGAAUGACAAGGACGCGAUUCGCAAGUGGGCCAGGGAUUUUGCAAAACUGACCACGAAUGUGUCAUCUCCAUCCACAUCUAUGAGUAUUGGCGGCGGUCUUCCUGCUCCAUAUGAAACCUCGGGGUAUGAUAUUUCCAUUCCCAUGCCUUUUAAUUCCACGGUGCAGCAGCAGCAUGUUCUUUCUUCCACACCUAUGUGCAAUCUCCUCGAGGCCUUUCCCAGGAUUGGUGUAGUUGAAGGUGAUCUGCAGAUGCAAGACUACGAUUCCUGCUCUGAUUUGUCUCUUCCCGAUGUUAGUCAGCACAUGACAAGUAGAGACACGUUUAAUCUCGUGGAUCAGGAAUGCACUGGGAUGAUUGUCAGUCAGGGUACCGAACAGGUUGCUUGUCCGGAAGAAGUCCUGUUUUCAAACUUCCCUCUUCCGGAUGUUGAAAUUUGGAGUUCGCCCCCUCUUCUGCAAAGCCCUCUGCUUCGGACAUCGUCGGAUGGCAAUUGGGUUUCGGACGACCUAUUUCAAUAUUUAUCCUCUCCCGCUAACCCAUCAUUCAACUCAUUCGGUAGACUCGGGUUUGACGUGUGAAUAUAGAUACUCAUACAAUGAAAUGUAAUUUUUUCCGGCAGCGCUUCCUCAGCACGCCGUGAAUCUGUUGAGUGCCAUCUUGUGAUAGAUGGCGUCUAGAAGGUUAUACUUGAGUUAUGUACAUAAUAGGGCGAGACUUGGUGUACCACUUCAGUGCCCCUCCUAAGUCACACCCCCUCUGAAAACGCCAACUGCAUCUACAUCAAGCAGUAAGGGAGAGACUAAGCCAGGACCCAUCAAUCGUGCAUGUGCCUCUAGUAUCAUCGAAAGUGUAUUAAGCUUUGUUGAUCCACUUAAGAACAGAUAUAUGCUUCUCUUCUGCGAAGUUUGAUACUUUGUACAA